AUGGCUGGCACGGUCCCUUUUAGACAGGCUCAACGCCAGCAAUCCAGGCAGUUGUCAACUGACCCUCGCAAUGAGCUUCGUCCACAUGUUGACCACUACAUCGGUAUCGAUGUCGGCACGGGAAGUGCCCGAGCAUGUAUUAUGAAUGAUCAGGGCGACAUUGUUGGCCUGGCUUCAGAGAAUAUCGCCCUGUGGCAACCACAGACGGGCUUUUAUGAACAAUCCACAUCUGACAUCUGGCGAUGUAUCUGCUCAUCUGUCCGACGCGCGUUGGAUCAACACAACAUCGACCGAGACACCAUCCGUGGCAUCGGCUUUGACGCGACUUGCUCGCUCGCUGUCUUCAGAGACGACACCGAUGAACCGGUAUCCGUCACGGGCCCCAAUUUCGAUAACAAGGACGGAAACGAUCGUAACGUCAUACUCUGGCUCGACCAUCGGCCUGUAGCAGAAACGGAAAAGAUUAAUGCGACAAACCACAAUCUACUUCGAUACGUGGGCGGCAAAAUGUCCAUUGAGAUGGAGAUUCCCAAGGUACUGUGGCUGAAGAACAACAUGCCCAAGGAGCUAUUUGAUCGCUGCAAGUUCUACGAUCUGACUGAUGCGCUCACACACUUGGCCACGGGCAGCGAGAGCCGGAGCUUCUGCAGUGUGGUGUGCAAGCAGGGUUUCGUCCCCGUUGGUGUCGAUGGCAGUGUCAAGGGCUGGCAAGAAGACUUCUUAAAGGAGAUCGGCCUUGAAGAUCUUUGCGAGGACAACUUCAAGCGCAUGGGAGGCGUGGAUAAUGUGAAUGGGCGCUACCUUACAGCUGGUGAUCUUGUAGGAACACUCAGCGAAAAGGCGGCCCAGGAAAUGGGUCUCUCACCUGGCAUCGCAGUCGGAAGCGGUGUCAUCGACGCAUACGCUGGGUGGAUUGGGACCGUUGGCGCCAAAGUCAAGCUGGAUGAUGAUCAGCUCGACAUGGACCAACCCAAGAACGACGUGUCACAGGCCUUCACACGUCUCGCCGCGGUUGCGGGAACAUCGACAUGCCAUCUUGCGAUGUCGCGCGAUCCUGUAUUUGUCGAUGGUGUCUGGGGUCCCUAUCGCGACGUCUUACUGCCUGGCUACUGGAUGGCCGAGGGCGGACAAAGUGCCACCGGAGAGCUCCUCAAGCACGUUAUUGAGACACACCCUGCGUUCAACGAAGCCGUAUCCGUCGCUGAGACGUACAACACAAACAUCUACGACUACUUGAACGAGCAUCUUCGCGAAAUGGCAGAAACGGCGCGCGCACCACACAUUGCUUGGCUGGCACGACACUUCUUCUUCUACGGCGACCUCUUCGGUAACCGCUCACCCAUCGCCGAUCCCAACAUGAAAGGUUCGGUGAUUGGCCUCAGCUCGGACAAGAGUCUCGAUGGUUUGGCGCUGUAUUACUACGCCACCAUGGAGUUUAUUGCUCUGCAAACACAUCAAAUUGUGUCAGCCAUGAAUGCCUCAGGGCACGUCAUUUCUUCAAUCUUCAUGUCUGGGUCACAGUGCCAAAAUGGACUGCUUAUGCAGCUCAUGGCUACCGCAUGUGACAUGCCCGUCCUCAUUCCACGAUACGUACAUGCGGCGGUCGUACAUGGUGCUGCUAUGCUGGGUGCCAAGGCCGCAAGUACGGAUAAGGAUGGGAACAGUGAGCCGUUGUGGGACAUCAUGGAUAGGCUGAGCAAGCCUGGUAAGAUCGUGAAGCCGUUGGGCGACAAGACGCUCAAGAAGUUGUUGGAUGCCAAGUACAAAGUUUUCUUGGAGCAAUGCGAGGGUCAGCAACGGUACAGGAAGGACAUUGAUAGUGCGAUCGAAGGAUGGAAGAGCACCUGA